GUCAUGUCUGAGGCCUGGGACAUCAAAGCGCGGUGCCAAAAAAUUACGGAUUUUGUGGCGAAUCCGAGUACGACGUACACGAAAGUGUUAGCCUUAUUGGAGGAGUUGUCGGAUCCGAAAAAAGCGGGUGAAGCAAAAAAAGGGACGACUGCUGCCGCAUCCGCUGCGGCUGGUGGAAAUGAUACCAGUACUGCACAGGGGCAAGCUGUUGAUGACAACAUUUUAGAUGACAUGUUAGAGGAGGGGGAAGAUCCGAACGCAGCUGUGAACGCGACUCUGAUGGAGAGCUUGAUCACUGCCUCGUUGAAAACGGACGCAGCUGCGCACGUGGUUUCGUUUCUCUUAUCCCCGAGAAUGCUGAAAGGGCCUUCUCAGCGAAUGGCCGCGACAGUGUUGCAGGCCUUAGACGGCAGAUUGAACAGAUCGCAGAUGCUCGCUCUCUGCGACAGACUACUGCAGAAGAAGCGACGGUGGGCGUUGCGAAUACGACUGCAUAAGGAAGUGAUUCGAAGACUCCUCGACCACAUCGACACGAACAGCGUGGAUACGCAGGAAAAAGCAGCCGAGAUUCUAUUCCGAGAAUGGCGGGAAAUGAGCAUGCGACCGUGGCUGGAUGCAGCGUCGAAACUGCGACAGCUACAAGAAUCUUCGACGAGGACGAGGUACUCGGACGACUCAAUAGGUUUGGACGAGCGGGUUGUCGAGGCCGAAAAGCAAACUUUGUUUGCGCGCAAGCAGGUUAUCGACCGCGCUAAGAUCGGGGUAGCAAGAGCGCGCGACUUGCAAAAACUCAUCUUGGAGAGGGCUGUUCCAGAAAUCUUCGAAGAGAGGAGAAAAGACGAAGAUGGAAAAGAUAUCGAUGAUGACGAGAACAGGAAGAAGCGCGUCCAAGCCUACACUCCGUUGAUCGACUGGAUGGUGACGAACCCGCGCUACUUCGAUCCGGACUAUUUGGUCUUAUUGUUGGUGCCCCUAGCCCCGGCGAGGGAGACGAAUGUUUUGGGGGAGAAUUUACGCAGUCAAAUCCUCGGCACGCACUUCGAGGAAUUCGUGGCGCCUGCCGUCGCAGCACUGGAGCAGACGCGGGGGAAAAUCAAAACCUUCAUCGACUACAAAAGAGAUGCAACCAUCCAGUUGAGAGGCUACAGUCCGACACUGCAAACUCUAUUUCGAGACAAAGUGAUGAACUGCCGUUCGUCAAAUCCAGAAGAUGCAGUAAUGCUACCCGCGUUCAAAAAUUGCUUCGGGUUUGCAGCAGAAGCUCGGCAAUUGAGUGAUACGCAGAAGCGAAAUGUCAUGCACGCAAAGUCGAAGCUAGAAGCUGCCGCAAUUAAACGUCUUGAAGCAGUUGAGGCACUGCGGGAAUCCUACAGGACCUCCCCGACGCUUUUCAGCUUCGACGGUAAGCUUCUGUUUUUUUCGUCUUCCGAGGAUGCCCAAACACUGCUCGGAAAGUUGCAGAAAAACUUAGGGAAGAACGUUGCAGAAAUGAAGCUAGGACAUGGACAAGGAGGUCAACAAUUGCAGGCGGAACAAGAUCUUCAAACUUCCCAAGUGGAUUUCAACCAGCUGCGAGCAGACGUGGAUGAUGCACGCGACCUGGAGGUGCUGGACAGUCGCGGCUACUUACACGAAUUGGUCGGAAUGAGAUUGCUCACAUUAGAGGCUUCGAAUGUGAAUGAGACUGAAAAUGCAGAGAGUGCACAAAAAGUUCUCGCCACUCUGGUGGAAAAGCGCGACGACUACAUGCUUGGCCGGGAACUGGUUCCGAUUGCGGCAACCGAGAGACCAACUGGCUCUUCCCCUAUUCUGGUGCCGUCUCCAACCUCCGCUUUAGUACCUAGCUCCCCAGAGGCCGAGACAACGGAUUUGUUUGCGAUGCAGAAACUGGUCUCCUCGGGCGAGCGGGUAAUAAAUUAAGGUUUCUGGUGGUGCAAAUCCAUCUUGGAGAGCAUGCUGUUCCUGUUUUUGAAAGGAAAACGUGGACCACGCAAGAUGCUCCUGGGGAUAGAUUUGUGGCAGUUCUAAGUAGAAACCCCAAGUGAACGCACCGCAGUCAUGUCGAGACUCUCUUGGACUACCAAGUUGCGUUUGCACUUACAGUGCGAGAAGCAGGUUUUCUACUCCGCGCUAGUAAACGUUGUCGCGGUGAACCAGUGCGGGCGAGGAUUCUGGCUCGAAAUUUUCAAAAAAAAUGGAUCUACUUUUCUGUCGGAUAGUUGGAAUCCGGCAACAUUACGCAACCGCCAACUCGAUCUUCAAAAGAAGGUCGCUACCCAGGAAGAAACGCUGAAAGUUUGUAAAAACAUUUUCUCCAUGGGGAGGACGAAAGAUGAAGGCCUUCUGGAUCAUCAGAACCAAGAUCUUCUACAUGAUGUUAGAGAUGGAUCCGAUGAAGCACAAGCUGAAGCGGAAGCAAUGUCGGAUGGCAGACUGGGUGCUUAUUUGCUUGCUGAAGACGAAGGCGCCGCUGGUGCGUAUGUUGAUGAUUUGGCCAUGGGUAAGAAGGCAAAGCCUACCAGUGUGGCAGCGGUCGGCUUCUUCGAACUGCAGACGCAGGCAGCCGCCAGUCUGGAUACCUUACUCAAUCAAUCGUUACUGCAAGCCUUAGCCCCAGUGGCGGAGUUUGAAUACUAUCAAGGACGAGCGUUUGAAGAUGCCCUAGGGGCCUCCAUGAUGGAUGUCGAUGAAGAUAACGACGGUACUAAACAGAAACCAGAGGAGCAGCAAGCCGCUGGCACCUAUAGCAAUGAUAGUUCAAAAGAAAUAAAAGUACGACUCGGCCGCCCGAAGCCACAUGUGUGUCUCGGUCAUUUCCUGACAAAGCGCGACCUCGCGGAGAGUACCCUAGCGAGCCUCGUCAUCUCGGAGAAUCUGUUUCCGGACGUAUUCGGCAUCCAACAUAUUACCCGCAAUGCAUUCUCCGCGUUACUGCUCUGGAAGCGUGGGAUACGGGAGAUUCAGUUACUGCAGGAAAAACCGCAAGCCAAAAUACCAGCGCCCUUUAUCAAAGUAGCGACGAGUGACGGGGUCCCAGGAGCAUCGGAAACGUCGUCUUCCUCUCCUUCGUCAGGAAGUUCCAGACUCUCGUGGUGAUGUUCGGCAGCAUGAAGUGCAGCAUGAAGUGAUUGAAAUUGCUAAUAAUAGAAGAAAAUAAUGGGGCUGACAGGACGACGAUAGCGCCGGCGCUUAGUUAGUUUUAGCAGUUAGCAGGACACUUGAGGAUACUUGUCGAUAGUUACCCUUUUCUCUUUUAUAUCUUCCUCUGGUCUGUCUUUUUUCUAGUUAGGUCGGCUCCACCACAAAUAAUAGAAGAAAAUGGAGGGUAAGAUAAAGCUUCUAUAGGUAGUCCUACUUCUCGCGCUGUGCACUAGUUUGGUGAACCGGUACCCUGGAGCGAACUAGUGGGUGCACAUAGCGCGAGAACCGAGCACUUCUCUGAAACAUGCACUGGCUUCGGCCGCCUUGGAUGGGAAGACCUCCAGGGCAGAUGGACGAACUCGCGGCGCCUAAAAUAAACGGAUCCUAAUAUAAACGUGGCCACUAUAGUUCUUUUUUAGAUAAUUGGACUACUUGAUUAUUUUGUUUUUUGUUUCCUAGUUAGGUGUGCUCCACCGAUAAUAAUAGAAGAAAAUGGAGGAAAAUCAAACCAUAUGUCUUGACUCGACGAACGCCUUGACUCGACGAACUCCGCGAGUCACCGAUUGACUUUCCCUCGUCUUACUAUCUUCAAUUGAUAUGAUAAUUUUUUCAUUCACGUACCGACCGUCUAUUCAAUACAGAUAUUUGAGGGUACCGGCAAGGUUAGCACUAAGCCCUUUACUUCAUUGUUCUCUUUGGCAUAUCUGUGUGAUAUCAUCACAGCAUCUGAUGUGGUUUGACGAGAGAUUUCUCUAUUUGCGCGGGAGUUAAAAAAUUGACCACACAAAAGACACCAAGAGAAAGGCUAUGCUUGGGUUCCACUGCAAGCGAGCCUCCGAUAGAGAAAAAAAAUAGCUUCACGGUAGCGGAG